AUGUUGCAAGGCAAUGUUUUAGUAUGGAAUUGCAGGGGUGUUGUGUGCAACGAAACCCAACGAGCCCUUAUUGAUCUGGUUCAAUUAAAGAAGCCAAAUCUGAUCUUUUUGGCGGAGACCCUUGCUCAGCCAUCUCAUAUUGCCUCUCUUGCGAACAGGCUUGGUUUUGCAGGACAUAUAUGCUACCCUCAUGAGGAUGGAUCCCAGGGAUUGGCGCUGCUUUGGAGUAGUGAAAUUCAUGUUGAUCUCAGAACGAAAUCCCCUCAUCAUAUUGAUGUUGAGAUUAGUGAUCCGGGUAAACAGGAGAAGUAUCGCUUCACAGGAUUGUAUGGCUUUGCAGCCAGAGACAAAUCCGGAGGUCCCCCUCGUGCUGCUGCUCCUAUGGCGGCAUUCCGGCAAACGAUGAUUGACUGCGGCUUCAUCGACAUGGGUUUCUUGGGUAGUAGGUAUACUUGGUCCAACAAGUUUACCAAGGAAAGGCUGGAUAGAAGCUUUCAGUCAGUUUCCUUUCGAACCAUGUUCCCUAAUAGCAAAACGGUGGUGUUGCCACCCAAUGAAUCAGACCAUUGUCCCAUUGUAGUGGAACUGAGAACUGACAGAAAUAGGUUUAGAACACCUUGGCGCAGAUUCAGAUUUGAGGAGAUAUGGCACGGACAUGAACAAUGUUCUGACAUUAUUCGAAAGAAUUGGGCAAACCCUACGGUAGGCAACAUGCUACAGCAGGUUGGUCGAAAGAUUUUGGACACUGGAAAACAACUUAUGCAGUGGCACACCACUGAGUUUGCGAGGCAGAAAGUGGAAUUGAGGGAGAUUCGGGAGAAAUUGGCGGAUAUAAUGAGGCAACCUUUUGCUCCAGAACAGUAUGAGGAGCAACGUCUACUUCAUGUAAGACACAGUCAAUUGCUUUUACAGCAAGAAAAAUAUUGGAAACAACGAUCUAGGGCGGUCUGGCUAAAGGAGGGUGACAGAAACUCGGCUUUCUUUCAUCGAAAGGCCACUAACAGGAGGUGUAAAAAUUGCAUCAGAGGGCUUGUGAAUGAUGUGGGUAUUUGGCAAAGUGAUCCUACUGUUGUUCAAGGCAUGUUGGUUGAUUAUUAUAAAACUAUUUUUUCAACUGAGGGAACGGAUGAUAGUGCACUCUCCAUUAUUUUUCAUGCCACCCCAAUGAAAGUGUUACCUCAUAUGAAUGAUGAUUUACUGCAGCCCUAUACAGAUGAUGAAAUUAAGCGUGCAUUAUUUCAAAUGCAUCCUUCUAAAAGCCCGGGGCCUGAUGGUAUGUCUCCUUUCUUCUAUCAAAAAUAUUGGCAUAUUGUUGGUUUUGAUGUUUGUGUUGCAAUUCGAAAUUUUUUGGAAAAAGGAGAUAUUUGGGUAGCUUCCAACUUCACUCAUCUUUGCCUUAUUUCGAAAGUCAAGAAGCCCACUGUUGCCUCUCAUUUUAGACCUAUCGCACUCUGUAAUGUUCUGUACAGAAUAAGUUCCAAGGUCAUUGCCAACAGGGUUUCAGCUCUUCUUUCUCAAGCAGUUGAUGCAGGUGCUAUUCAAGGUUUGAAGAUGUGUCCUGAAGCCCCUACACUACAUCAUUUGUUCUUUGUGGAUGAUAGUUUUCUUUUUGGAGCUGCAACGAUUCACGAAUGUCAGACUAUUCGUGAAAUUCUCAAUAUCUAUGAAAAAGCUUCGGGACAGAAGAUUAAUUUUCAGAAAAGUAGUGUGGUUUUUAACAGAAAUGUGCCUAUUGCUAUGCAAAUUAGCAUGGCAAAUAUUCUUGCAGUACAGAGAGUAGAAGAGCAUGAUAGAUACCUGGGUUUACCGCUGCGUGUAGGCAAAUCCAAGACCGAAAAGUUUCAGUACAUCAAAGAGAAGUUGACGAAGAAGCUGGUUAAUUGGAAGUCAAAGAUCCUAAGCAGUGCAGGUAAGGAAAUACUUAUUAAAGCUGUGGCUCAAACUAUGCCACAAUAUGCCAUGAAUUGUUACUUGUUACCUAAAGGUCUAUGUGAUGACAUUCACCAACUUUGUGCCUCUUUCUUCUGGGGUGAUACUGAUGACAAGAAAAAGAUUCAUUGGAGGAGUUGGGACAGAUUAUGCCUAACAAAAAAAGAGGGAGGAAUGGGCUUCAAAAGUUUAUAUGCUUACAAUCUUGCCAUGCUAGCAAAACAAGGCUGGAGGAUUAUUUCAAAUCCUCAAUCUCUCAUUGCGAGAUUGUAUAAGGCAAAAUAUUUUCCAAAUUGUUCCUUCUGGAAUGUAGAAUUAGGAGAUGCCCCUUCUUUCUCUUGGAGGAGUAUUCUUGCAGGGAGACCGGUGCUCAAAGCAGGGGUUAAAUGGAGAGUGGGGGAUGGCGUGAGCAUAAAUGUGUGGCAUGAUGAUUGGAUCCCUAACUGUCCACAGUACCAAAUUCAAAGACCUACAAAUUGCCAGGUUGAAAAAGUUGCUGAUUUAAUUGACUCCAAUGAGCGUUCUUGGAUCAUUGCCUCGAAUUCCUUUCUACCUAAUGUAGUUUUUAAGGAAUGGAUGUUAGAAAGAGCUUUACACUUGCAAGCUGAGGUGUUUGAGAGGCUUCUGAUAGCUCAAGCAUCUUCCGAGAUUAACCGGUCACAGGGGAUAGAACGAUGGCAACCUGCACAGGGUUCUUUAGUUAAGAUAAAUGUGGAUGGUGCUUUUCUGCCAUCACUUAAUCAUGGAGGACUUGGGGGCAUAGUUCGGGACUCUAAUGGUCAGUUUAUGGCGGCUUUAGCUCACUCUGUGCCACAUAUUUCUUCAGCCAAGCAAGCAGAAUUGCUAGCUAUAAGAGUAGGCCUAGAUCUUCUUAAACAAUUGCAUCUGGAUAGGGCUAUAGUUGAGACGGAUUGUCUUGCUGCAAUCCAAGAUAUUGCAUACAAGGAUGCUGCACUCACCGAGUUUGGCAGCAUUAUAGAUGAUAUUCUAAUGCUAUUACAUAGCAUGCCGGAGGUGCAAAUCAAGUAUGCUCCUCGGAGUUGUAACAAAGUGGCUCAUCGUCUUGCUAGUAUUGGUUUUGAAUCACAUCAGAAUGAGACUUGGCUCACUCAUUCUCCUAGUUGCAUUGCUGAUGUACUACUCUAUGAUUGUAACCUUUUAAAUCAUUAA